CAACCCACGAGGCCGAACUGCGCCGCGCCGCAUCUUCAACCUCGCCAUUCGAAACCCGCGGGACAUUGGGAGUUCGAGGCCGGCCAUCUCUCAACCCUCUUUUAUCCCUCACGUCGCCAUCUAACUGGUGGAGGACACGGCACCUACAGAAAAGCGACACCGAAACCUAACCUUGAUACCAUCACCCUCGCACGUCGCACCUCGACUCCCGAUUCCCGAUUCCCGACCCCGACCUCGAUCCCAACACACCUCACGCAUCCCGCUCGUCAGAGCAAGCCUCUCCCAAAAAUGAGGUCCACAACAACGCGGCUCCAACAGUCAAUGCUAUCCCGCGUAGUCUCAGAAUACUCCCGCGAAGCAAAGCCCGCCGCCGCCGCCGUCUCCAAAGCCGCCAAAGCUCCCCCAAAGGCCGGCCGCAAAUGGCCCCUAUACUCUAACAACACGCAACUCGCAAACACAAUCUCGCUCAGCCCGCGAGAACUCUACAAGCGCAUCGGGAAAUGCCUCGCCUUUGGCUGCGACCCAGACCAGACCCAACGCGCGGCCAGUCUCCUGAGAACCAUCAACGACGAAUGGCGUAAUCUCCACGCAGUCUCGCAGGGCUUCUACGACCCCAAGAACUCGGCGUACACUGUCCGACUGCGAGAUGGCGAGCCGAGUCAUCGUCCAUGGCUGGGUAUAUCUCAAGCGUCUACCUUGACCCAAGUCGCUGAGCAGUCAAUCGCCCGUUUUCUGGACCGCGUUCUCGAGACGGCAGAUCCUCAAGAUAGAUUAGAGUGGGAGCGUCUUCGCGACAGCCACGCCUGCAACGAGACACUGACAACCAUGCACUGCCAAAACAAACCGCCACCGCAAACCCGCGCCUCUCCGACACUCUCGCACGAGCCGCAAGUUAUCAGCGCCUACACAAGGUUGCUGUCAAACGAUUACGAAGAAAAGUCCACCUUCCGUUUAAAGGUUGUAAUCUAUUCACACAAGCACUUCACCAAAAUAGCCGACUUGAACAUGCAUCUGAAGAUCUGCACUCAUGACAGAAAAGGGCUGCCCUGGCUCAGCCGUGAACUGAAGCGGGUGGCUGAGUUGACCAGCACCGACGCGGAGCGAAACGCCGCAGAUGGACAUGCAAGACAUAUCGCGAAAAUGGUUAACAACCUGGAACUGGGUACAUGGAGAAGACCAGACGCCAAGGAGGACUUUGGCAGCGCCGCGCCCUAA